AGGUUUGUCCUGACUUCCUCCUUGCCAGCCCGCCAGCCCUUCCUUCUCACCGCAAGCCAGAUACCCAGAUGUCUUGGGGGGACUGUUCGUCUCUCGGGAACUGGGGACAGAAAAGAGAGACAUGUGUCCACUCCGUCCCCUCACUUGGAUUCCUGAUGAACAUGGCAGACUCCAACAUGGAUGCCGGCACCACCGUGUCUGAGACGGUGGCUGAAGAAGUGUCCCUUUUCAGCACGACGGACAUGAUCCUGUUUUCUCUCAUGGUGGGUGUCAUGACAUACUGGUUCCUCUUCAGGAAGAAAAAAGAAGAAGUCCCCGAGUUCACCAAGAUUCAGACCACGACCUCCUCUGUCAAAGACAGAAGCUUCGUGGAAAAGAUGAAGAAGACGGGCAGGAACAUCAUUGUGUUCUACGGCUCCCAGACGGGGACUGCUGAGGAGUUUGCCAACCGCCUGUCUAAGGACGCCCACCGCUAUGGGAUGCGGGGCAUGGCAGCUGACCCCGAGGAGUACGACCUGGCCGACCUGGGCAGCCUGCCAGAGAUUGAGAAGGCCCUGGCCGUGUUCUGCAUGGCCACCUACGGUGAGGGGGACCCCACCGACAACGCCCAGGACUUCUAUGACUGGCUGCAGGAGACGGACGUGGACCUUUCUGGGGUCAAGUACGCGGUGUUUGCCCUCGGGAACAAGACCUAUGAGCACUUCAACGCCAUGGGCAAAUACGUGGAUAAGCGGCUGGAGCAGCUCGGUGCCCAGCGGAUCUUUGAUCUGGGGCUGGGCGACGACGACGGGAACCUGGAGGAGGACUUCAUCACGUGGCGAGAGCAGUUCUGGCCAGCCGUGUGCGAGCACUUCGGGGUGGAAGCUACGGGAGAGGAGUCCAGCAUCCGUCAGUACGAACUUGUGGUCCAUGCGGACAUGGACGGGGCCAAGGUGUACACGGGCGAGAUGGGCCGCCUGAAGAGCUACGAGAACCAGAAACCCCCCUUUGACGCCAAGAACCCGUUCCUGGCUGUCGUCACCACCAACCGGAAGCUGAACCAGGGAACCGAGCGACACCUCAUGCACCUGGAAUUAGACAUCUCGGACUCCAAAAUCAGGUAUGAGUCCGGGGACCAUGUGGCUGUUUAUCCGGCUAAUGACUCUGCCCUGGUGAACCAGCUUGGCGAGAUCCUGGGUGCCGACCUGGAUGUCAUCAUGUCCCUGAACAACCUUGACGAGGAGUCCAACAAGAAGCACCCCUUCCCCUGCCCCACCUCCUACCGCACGGCGCUCACCUACUACCUGGACAUCACCAACCCACCGCGCACCAACGUGCUGUACGAGCUGGCCCAGUACGCCUCGGAGCCCGCCGAGCAGGAGCAGCUGCGCAAGAUGGCCUCCUCGUCGGGCGAGGGCAAGGAGCUGUACCUGAGGUGGGUGCUGGAGGCCCGGCGGCACAUCCUGGCCAUCCUGCAGGACUGCCCGUCCCUGCGGCCCCCCAUCGACCACCUGUGCGAGCUGCUGCCCCGUCUGCAGGCCCGCUACUACUCCAUCGCCUCAUCCUCCAAGGUGCACCCCAACUCCGUGCACAUCUGCGCCGUGGUCGUGGAGUACGAAACCCAGACGGGCCGCGUCAACAAGGGCGUGGCCACCAGCUGGCUGCGGGCCAAGGAGCCGGCCGGGGAGAACGGCGGCCGGGCCCUGGUGCCCAUGUUCGUGCGCAAGUCCCAGUUCCGCCUGCCCUUCAAGGCCACCACGCCCGUCGUCAUGGUGGGCCCCGGCACCGGCGUUGCCCCCUUCAUAGGCUUCAUCCAGGAGCGGGCCUGGCUGAGGCAGCAGGGCAAGGAGGUGGGUGAGACGCUGCUCUACUACGGCUGCCGGCGCUCUGACGAGGACUACCUGUACCGUGAGGAGCUGGCCGGCUUCCACAAGGACGGCACCCUCACCCAGCUCAACGUAGCCUUCUCCCGGGAGCAGCCCCAGAAGGUCUACGUGCAGCACUUACUCAAGAAGGACAAGGAGCACCUGUGGAAACUCAUCCAUGAGGGGGGCGCCCACAUCUACGUGUGCGGGGACGCUCGGAACAUGGCAAGGGACGUGCAGAACACCUUCUACGACAUCGUGGCCGAGCAAGGCGCCAUGGAGCACGCCCAGGCUGUGGACUACGUCAAGAAGCUGAUGACCAAGGGCCGCUACUCCCUGGACGUGUGGAGCUAGGCUGCCUGCCCUGCUCCGCCACUCGCGCCCUACAGACUUGCCUCCCCAUCAUGUAAUCACACGCCUCACUCCCUUCUGUGGUCUCCUGGGUGGCUCUGCCAGGUGCCACUCUGCCGGGUGCUUACCUGCCCCAGAGGCAGGCCCAGGACAGAGGCUGCUCCCAUGGACCUGCGCCCUCCGGCCAUCAGCCUGGGGGCGCAGCCGAGGGUGACAGGCUGUGAUGUGAACGCCUCCUGGCCCUCGGUGGCUGAACACAGAGGUCCGCCUCUCAGCUGAGUGAGGCCUGGCCCCUCCCCGUGAUUUUCAAUGAGUGUAAAUAAUUUUAAAUAACCUCUGGCCCUUGGAAUAAAGUUGUUUUCUGUA